AUGAAUCAAAGAAGAAAAAUGGACAGACGGAAAGACAAAAAAUAUAUUACCGUAUAUUACUACAGUAAUGACAGAUCUAACAAAGGAAAAAAUGACAGGAAAAAAAAGGAAGAAAUAAAAAUGGGAUAUGUAACUAUAGAAAUAACUAGGAUGAAGCACAGAAUAUAUCCCCAUAGCAAAAUAAAUAAAGAAUUCAUUUUUCAAAAAGGAAAAAAUAUCUCUGGAGGGAAAAUUUCAGGCAUACAUUUUCUAAAAGACAAUUCUCAAAACAUCAAACAUGGAGGAAUAGGCACAUACAAAUGCCGAGAUAAAACGAGAGGAUUCAUAGCAAAUUUUAUAAACUCCUUUUGGAACAAAAAUAUAAAAGGAUAUUGGACAUACAUACUAUUCGAUGUGAUAUUUGCUACAAAAAAGAGAAUAAAUGAAAAGAUCAAUUAUUUCUAUAAAGAGUUCGUUUUAAAUAAUGAUUAUUUUUAUAGUGAACUGAAAAUAAAUAACAAAACUGUGAAUAUGGAUAAAGUAAAUGCUGCCUUAAAUUCUUUCAAUGUAGAACGUGCAAAAAUGUUUUUAGAAUCUGCAUGUGUGUAUGAUAACAUCAUUAAUAUAGGAAUUACAAGCAAGGGGAAUACGACUACUUUUCCACAAUAUUUAGGACUAAAUAAUAGUUCCUUUGAAUAUAGUAACCUUAACGGGAUGUAUAAAAAUACGAGCACAACUGAUAAUUAUUACGCUCAGAAUAUGAUCAAUUUUAAUGGUUUCAAUAAUUUAUUUUUCAACCAAAAUUUUUUUUCUCAAUCGAAUUUUUCUCAUUUCAACUGCAGAGAUGAUUCGUGUCUACAUCAGAAAUUUGGAAACAUUAACUUUCACACAGAUUUGACCCCUACCAUAAAACAAAAUGUAAAACAUUUUUACAUUUCUCUUGUUAAUAAAAAAACGAAUGUAAAAGAACUGAGGAAAAUUAGCUUAAUGGAAAUAAGCAAUUUUCCCUCUUUUUUCUUAUGUCAAGGAUUUUUAUCUGAGGUGGAGAGCUACUUGGCUUUAAAUCAUUGCCUUUUGUAUGUUAAGAAAAACCAAGCAGAAAUGUCACAAAUCCACUUGAACUUGUUUUCGAUCCUGAUAGAUGUAGACGAAGUUAAUUUUUUGGAAGAACGCAUAUCCAAAUCUAUACUCAGACAUAUAAUUAAUAGGCUGACUACAUUAUUUAAAAUUUCAACUGAUGAUAUACAAUCGGUGCAUUUCUGUAUAUACAUAAAAAACAACCAAGAGAUGGAAACCUUAAAUUUUGUGGAAAAAAACAUAUACAAAUAUUCUAUUUUUAUAUUUUUAAGCAGCAAAAAUGGGAAUUUUAUAGAAUUCCCCUACAAUGGAUUGAAAAUUAUGGUUAUGAUUGGUAACUGCAUGAUAUAUGAGUGUACUGGGAGGAACAAGUGUAAUGGUGGUGAGAACAUGUCAAAUAGCAAUACCUUCAAAUUUGAACUCUCUGAAGAAAAAUUGUUUUUUCUAAAAAUUAAUCUCAAAGAGAAUGUAGAUUUACAUCAUGUGGUAGUGAGCGAAACAGAUACUACUGAAAAAGGUAUCGAGCAAUUUUCUAAUGAUGCUAAAUUAACAGGGUUGCCCAAGACAGUUGCUUCUAACAUUUCAUAUUCCUCUAAUAAUUCUAUUAACAAUAAUGUAAAUGAUCGUACUGUCGAAGGAUUGAACCCUAAGGCCAAUUCAUUUUCAAGUCUUCAAAAGAACGUGGACAAAAUUAAUAAAGAGAUAGUGGACCUUAAUAUGAACAUAAUGAAGUAUUUAUAUUUAAGGACAACAAAUUCUAAAAACUGUGAGAUUCUCCCUGUCGUAUUUGAUUCUCAAAGUGGAAAGGGGAGGAACUGCAGCCAAAAGAGGUAG